AUGCCGCACCGCACCAACAACCGAGCUAUCCGGCUGCAUGUAGCCAAGGCAGUUAUUGACAGCCGUCUACUCUACGGUCUGGAGCUCACAGCAAUGGCCAAGGACAAACUGUUGCAAGUCCUUGCACUGGUUUACAACGGUUACAUCCGGGGAGUUUCAGGUCUCUUGCCCUCGAAGCCGGCCACCGUCGAGCAUAUCCUCUGCGAGCACGAGCUCGUGCGGCAACACUACAGCCUUUCGGGGAUUAUCGGCGACAUACUGGGCGACGAACCUUCGAUCCUGGCUACCCUGAUCUCCUUCCUGAAGGACGCUGGUUUGUUUUUCAAUGAUUCAACUGAAGCCACGGAUCGAUAUCAACAAAAGAAAGGGUUUUGCCAUGGACUUGAUCCCUACAGUAUAAAGGUUACACAAAAAAACAUUCCGUUGAAUGUGACAUUCGCGAAAAUCUACCAGUUUUUGGUGCUGGAUCCAUGUCCUUUUUCCGGUAACCCGAAGGAUUGUUCGAAGGCCAUGGACACAAUCCUUUACUUUAAGAAUGGCUGGGUAAAAAAUGUAGCAGGAGCAAAAGUUCAAAAUGUUCAGGUUGUUCACGGAUUUGUGCACCACUCGUUUGCGCUGGAGGAGAAACCGUUGCAGCCGUGGAUUAUAAUUAACGAGGAAGGCACCAUACUAGCGGCCCACUGUACGUGUGCCAUCGGAAUCAUGGAAGCUUGUAGCCACAUAGGUGCAACGCUAGUUGCCCUCGAUGGAAUCCGUGUAGCCGUUUUUGAGAAGAAGCUAUCCGUCACGGAUCUUCCGGCUUAUUGGAAGAAGCCACCGAGUGCCAUCACCGAGGACCUUCAUAAAAAGUUGUCUGAAAUCAACUUCGGGCGGAAAAUAGCUCGAGAUAAUUCCGUUCAGCAAUCCGAAGUUUCAUUCGAUUCGCGGUGCCGAGACUUGUUGCUUCUGAUUCAGGAAGAUGGCUGUGAAGUAGCUGCCAUGUCGCAGUUCUGUGGCGAUGCGUCUAUCGAUUUCAAAUGUUUGCCAUGCAAGGAGGAUGAUUGUGUGCAACAAACUAUACAAGACUUCUUUUUGCAACAACUAUUCAACAGUGCCAACCAAACCAAAAGUCUCGAUGAGCUGCGGAAAAUGGCUGUAAGAAUUUUUAAGCGAUUGCCCCGGGAUCCAGAAGUGAUUGCCGAUAUUGAAAAGCUCACCGUUGAGCAAAGCAAGUGCAAGUGGUGGAAUUCGGUUCGAAGCGGUCGUAUCACCGCGUCCGUUUUGAAGGAUGUUUGUAAUACUUCUCUAGUUAAACCAUCUUUAUCGCUUGUUAAAAGAGUGUGCUAUCCGGAGCAGAUGAGUUUUUCUUCACCAUCUGUGAAAUAUGGUCUUAGGCAUGAAGGAAGUGCAGUUGAUAAGCUUUUUUUAUCAGUUUCAGAAGUGCACCAAAACUUAACAAAGCAUAAGACGGGAUUGAUAAUAUCACCAGAUAAUCCACACUUGGGAGCAUCUCCAGAUGCUGUUUUUCGUUGCUCUUGCCAUGGGUCAAUAACAGUGGAGGUCAAAUGUCCUUACUCUGCUAGAAGCAACACAGAUACGUUAGAUGUGUUGCUUAAUCUAAACGAUCCAUAUAUAUUGAAGGAUGAAAAUCAAAAUAUCUGCCUAAACACUAGGUAUAAAUAUUAUUACCAGGCUCUGAUGCAAGUCCAUGUGGCCCAAGCAUCUUUCGGGUAUUUUUACAUCUGGACUCCAAAUCAGACACUCAUAUUUGAGGUUAAGAGAAACAAUGUUUUUUGGAAUUACUGUAAAGACAAGGCGACAAUUUUUUUCAAACAUGUUAUCAUUCCGGAACUUCUGGGGAAGAAGAAGAAUAAGGCCAAGCAGGGAGCUGCGAAGUCGAACCCUCAGGGCAAGGGAACAGACGGAGCUCCAUCUGCAAAGGGUGCGAAGGCCGGCAAAAAGGGGACUACCCAGUGCAAGAGUACUGGGGUUGGUGCUAGUCCACCUGCCGGUCUUACGCAAGUUGCUACCAAGAGUGGAAAGACUACUGGUAGGGAGGGCAAAGUGCUAACCCAAGAGGUUGGCACCGACCCCUUGCCUGAUGCCGAAACACCAACCGAUAAGGACAAACAGCUCCUGGAAAAGUUGGUGGAAAGUCUACGUAAGGAGGUCGCCCUUGACAAGGGGAAGAUCAAACAGCUCAAGGAGUCCAAGACUCGCCUUGAGAUGGAAUGUGCUUCCCUUGUUGGACAACUCGAAAGAGUUGGCGUUAACCUUGACUCUGAUGAGAGCGAGGCUACUGCUCCCGUGACCCGUAGGAAACGGAAGCAGACCGCUGGCCUCGAGGACACUCGAGGUAAGAAAAGCCGGAAAAAGGAGAAAAUACAGCACCUUCUCCCCCUAUUGACUCGGUAUCGGAGCGCGAAAGCGAUGCUGUUGCCGGUAAAAAGUAGUUACCAUGUCUGA